AGCGUAUUCGCAAACGGUCAUCUGAAACGCGCACACGGUAUUUUCCCGCUCAGAACAACAUUUCGUGAAAAGCUUCUCUCCUGUGUGUUGGUUUAUUUCCUAAAUAUACAAGUGAAAUGUGAAAGGUGUUUUCCAGUUCAAUUUUCACCCCACUUUUUGGGUUUCUGUUUAUCUACAAAACAAAAAUUGCGAGGGAAAAAAAUUAAAAAAUCGUCACAAAUAUGAAAACAUUGCUGAUUCUUGCAACUUUUUUCGCAACAUUCACCUUUCUUCGGUCUUCUAAAAUCCCAAUGACGAAGCUCCAUUCGCACCUUCUGGACUCUGACACCAUGAAGAUGAGCUGGCUGAUUGAUUGGCAUGGCGAAGAAGUCUUCUUCCACGUAAAAAAUGCCUUCCGAGGGGAUGACAAUUGGUUCUAUUUGGGUUUCUCCAAACGCGGAGAAAUGACCGAGGCAGAUUUGUGCAUCUUUCAACUCAAAAAUACCCUUUUCAAUCUCGCAACAGACACCUACAUUAGUCAAGAUGGGGGAACAAUCUUCAAAGAUGUUACACAGGACUGUGAACUCCUGAGAAUCGAUGAUAAUUCAGUGGCUUUCAAGAGACGUUUCAACACGUGUGACCCCCAGGAUCUCAAAAUGCACGAGGGAACAAUGUACAUCGCAUGGGGACGUGGCCAGGAUGAUUUUGAUCUCACAGAAUCUAUCGACAAGGAUACUCUUCAUCCACUGGCAAGUGGGGUAACAAUGAUUCAGCUUCUACGAGCAGAUAAGAUAGUUAUACCUGAAAAAACGGUGUCAAAUGUCGAAAUUGUUCUCGAUAAAGUAACAAUACCCAAUCAAGAAACUACAUAUUGGUGCCUCGUGCAAAAACUCCCAGAAUUUCUGUGGCACAAAAAACAUCAUGUGGUGCAAUUUGAACCCAUUAUUGCUGCCACAAGUCGACCAUUUGUCCAUCAUAUGGAGGUUUUUCAUUGCGAUACUGAUCCCAGUGUAGAAGUCCCCACUUACAAUGGAGAUUGCUUGAAUGCUCCGUCAGAAACAAAAGUAUGCUCCAAGGUAUCUUCUCUGUGGGCAAUGGGUGCAAGCACAUUCACAUAUCCUCCAGAAACUGGCCUACCAAUUGGCGGAAAAGACUACAAUCCCUAUAUGCGAUUAGAAGUUCACUUUAACAAUCCAGAUCUUGUUAAUGGAACAGUCGACAGUUCAGGAAUGAGAUUAAAGAUUGUCUCAAAAUUGAGAAAAUUCGAUGCUGCUGUGAUGGAACUUGGAUUGGAAUAUACAGAUAAAAUGGCAAUACCACCUGGACAAGUGGGAUUCCCUUUAAGUGGUUACUGCAUCUCUGAAUGCACAAAACUUGCUCUCCCACCUGAAGGAAUUACAAUUUUUGGUUCUCAGCUUCACACUCAUCUGAGAGGAGUUCGUGUUAUUACCAGGCAUUUUCGAGGACUCAGAGAAUUGAAUGAAAUUAAUCGGGAUGAUUUCUACUCGCAUCACUUUCAGGAGAUUCGACAACUACGAAAGAAACCUGUUGUUAAACCAGGAGAUGCUUUAGUAACAACUUGUUACUACAACACUCUUGAGUACAGAAACACAACUUUAGGCGGAUUUUCAAUCAGUGAUGAGAUGUGUGUUAACUACAUCCACUACUAUCCUGCCACUAAGCUAGAAGUCUGCAAAAGUGCGGUAUCUGAGAGGACACUAUCAGACUAUUUCAGGUACAUGAGGAAGCGUGAACAUCAGAAAACUGAUGUUAAGGGUGCUCGUUCAGAUAACUAUCGAGCUAUCCAAUGGACAAAGCCUCGAGUUGAUAUUCUGUACACGAUGUACGUGAGGGAACCCUUGAGUAUGCAAUGCAAUCAAUCGGAUGGACACCGUUUCGAUGGAUUUGACUGGGAGGAUGCUCCUAUAACUGCUGUCCCCUUUGAAAUACCAUACGUUCGAGAUGGCUGUUCUUUCCGCGAUUUCUGGACAAAACCCCUCGUUGAAGGAAUGUGCGAUCUACUUGGAGAAUGUAUCUACUGAGAACCAACCUACAGAACCAAUAAGUACACAUAAAUUCUCUCAAAUGUUGAUAUUUUUAGCCAAUAAAUGCGAUACUGAGAUACAUUACAU